CAACAACAACAGCAGCUGCAUUUAUAAGAACAGCCAACGACAACAACAACCAGAAACAUGGAAGCUGAAGCCGAUGGGGUGCCGCCAACGGCGCCAGUUGCAGCUGCAACCGCUGCAAACAGCGAUCUGGACUUGGCCGCUCGUCGUCGCCUUUUCAUAUCACAGCCAUCGACGCUGGCGACGCGCCGACAGCAAGCGGUCUGUGUGAGGCGCGCCCACAAGAUGUAUGGCGGCGGCAAGAUUCCAAAUAUUGUACUGGACGGCCUCAAUAUGACAGUGCCCAAGGGUUCCAUCUAUGGUCUCCUAGGCGCCUCUGGCUGUGGCAAGACAACGCUGCUCAGCUGCAUCGUUGGACGACGGCGUCUCAAUUCGGGCGAAAUUUGGGUGCUGGGCGGACGACCUGGCUCCCCGGGUUCCGGUGUGCCAGGUCCGCGAAUUGGCUACAUGCCACAGGAGAUAGCUCUUUACGGGGAGUUCACAAUGCGAGAGACUUUAAUGUACUUUGGACUUAUUUCGGCCAUGCCCCGCAGCGACAUAGAGGAUCGCACCGAAUUUCUGCUCAAAUUGCUCAAUUUGCCACAUGGCUCGAAAAAUGUCAAGAAUUUGAGUGGCGGCCAGCAGCGUCGGGUGAGCUUGGCCGUUGCUCUGCUCCACGAACCGGAGCUGCUCAUAUUGGAUGAACCGACAGUGGGCGUGGAUCCGGUGCUGCGACAGAGCAUUUGGAACCAUUUGGUGGAAAUCACAAAAAAUGGUCACACUACUGUGAUAAUCACUACGCAUUAUAUCGACGAGUGUGCCCAGGCGCAUAUGAUUGGUCUGCUGCGUGGCGGCAAAAUGCUGGCCGAGGAGUCGCCCACUUAUCUGCGGCAACAGUACAACGCCGAAUCACUGGAGGAUGUUUUCCUUAAGCUAUCCGUGAUACAGAACAUGGGCAAGCGACGACGCUCCUCAAUUGCACAGGAGAUUGUGGAGCAGGUCACCGUGCCAGCCAUUUCGAAUCCAGCGCUGGACAUGUCCGAUGAGCAGCAUGCCGCCGAAAUCUCUGGAGAGUUCGGUGAUAAUAUAUCCAUGUCAUCGGCGGCGCGUGAUCCCAUCAGCAGUACGGCGCCCGCUGCACCACCCUUGCCACCGGCGGAGGAUAUGCCCACAUCCAUUUGGUACAAACUGCAUGUGAUGCAAUCGCAUCAUUUGCACGCGCUCAUCUGGAAAAACUUUCUCUGGAUGAUGCGCAACGUGGGGAUAAUGCUGUUCAUAGUGGGCCUGCCAGUGCUGCAGAUAUUGCUGUUCUGCUAUGCGAUUGGUCAUGAUCCCACUGGCCUCAAAUUGGCUGUGGCGAAUCACGAGAUGUCCGAGGAAAUGAUUAUGCAACAACUCUGUCCCGUGCGCUCCGGAUGCAAUCAGACUAUGCUCAGUUGCCGUUAUCUCGAUAUGCUUGUGAAGAACAAGAGCAUGGUCCUGAAAUAUGUGAACGAUGAUGAAGACGCCUACGAGGAGGUGCGGCGGGGUCGCGCCUGGGCCGCUCUUGUCCUACAGUCGAAUUACACCAGUUCCCUGGUCGAGCGCGUCGAAGAGGGCCGAUACGCAGAAGAUGCCACCGUGGAGGCAUCUGAUUUGGGCGUGCGCAUGGACUGGUCAAAUCAACAGAUAUCGACUCUGCUGUAUCGUGACUUACAGUACACAUUCUUCAACUUUGUGGAGGCCAUUUUAAUCGAUUGCAACCUGAAUCCAAAGCUGGGACGCGUCCCCGUCGAGUGGAAACAGCCUAUUUAUGGCUAUAGGGACCCGAAUUUCACUGACUUCGCGGCGCCCGGCGUUAUACUGACCAUCAUCUUCUUCUUGUCGGUGGCGAUCACAUCUGGCGCGAUGCUGAUUGAGCGCAACGAAGGCAUGUUGGAGCGUUGUCUGGUUGCUGGAAUAACGGGACCGGAGAUAUUGCUCUCACAGGUGGUCACACAGUUCACGGUGAUGCUGAGUCAGACAACGUUUGUGCUGAUUGUGAGCUUCUACUUUUUCGAACUAACAUUGGUCGGAGACCUGUGGCUAGUGGUGGCUCUGUGCAUUCUGAAUGGACUCUGCGGCAUGACAUUCGGCUUUGUCAUCUCAUGUGCCGUGGAUACGGAACGAACGGCCACAUAUGUGGCAAUGGGAUCCUUCUUGCCCAUGGUGAUGCUGUGCGGCAUCAUUUGGCCCAUUGAGGGCAUGUAUCCGCUGCUGCAGAUUGUCACCGCCUUCCUGCCGCUGACCAAGCCUACAGAAUCGCUGCGCUCGAUACUGCAACGCGGCUGGGGCAUGGAUAAUCCCUCAGUGUACAAUGGAUUUAUUUCAAUAUCAUUGUGGGUGGCCGUGUUUCUCAUAAUCACCAUUCUGAUGAUCAAGUUCAAGAAGGGCUAAACUAGUUGGCUCCCUAGUUGUAAAAGCUAUGAUUUUACUAGGUCGUAAGGGUAGCUGUUAGAGUCCGUUAAGUCUUCUUAGCGAGUGAAUGUCUCUUGUACAAUGUGUUAGUCACCCUAAUUACUAUAUAUGUUAUAAAUGUACACUUAAGGUUCCGGAUGUCACAUGUUCAUGGAAAUGUUGUGCCUUUUAUUCUUAAGAUUUCAUAUCACUUUUCGCCAAUCAGCUGUCAUCAAACAAUUAACAUUUGACAAUUAUAUAUGCUCAUGCUCACUCACGUCUUACACUGGUCGAUAUAAACAUUAGUACGUAUUGUGAAAGUUAAUAUCAAGGUUAAUCUUAUUAAAUUAGUGCUCUGCAUUUUAUUAUCACUUUUAGAUACGGAUUAUGUAAUAAAAUGUG